GCGCUUUCGCCCUCUGGGUAGUGCUGCUGAAGCGCCGCUGUUUCGUGUGAAGCAGAAACUGCGCGGGAGGGAGGAGCUGCCGUUGCUGACGACAUCGGCGGAGACCGAGGCAGCUUCAGACGGGGCUUUUGGAUCCGGAUCCCGACUGGCCUGCGGGGGUUGUCACAGGAGCGGAUUUUAACGUUGAGGUAGCAGCGCGUUCUCCAGGCAGGCAUCAUGGCCGAGGUGGAGCACCAGCUCGGCGCGACCCAAAACGGACACGAGGCGGCGGCGGCUGCAGCGGCCGAGGGGUGCGCUGGCAGCGGCGGCGACGAGGAGCAGCCCCAGGAGGAAGAGCAGCAGCCGCAGCCACAGCAGCAGCAGCCGCCUCAGGAGGAGGAAGAGGAGGACGACGACGAGGAGGAGGUGGUGGCGGCCGAGGCCGGCGACGGGGACGAGGAGGAGGCGGGGCAGUCGGCAGCCCCGGCCGAAGCGGCUGGCAGCCAGAACGGGGCCGAGGGCGACCAGAUCAACGCCAGCAAGAACGAGGAGGAUGCCGGGAAAAUGUUUGUUGGUGGCCUCAGUUGGGAUACAAGCAAAAAAGACUUGAACGACUACUUCACAAAAUUUGGUGAAGUGACUGACUGCACAAUAAAGAUGGACCCGAAUACAGGAAGAUCAAGAGGUUUUGGAUUCAUUCUCUUUAAAGAGGCAGCAAGUGUUGACAAAGUUUUGGAGCAGAAAGAACACAAGUUAGAUGGACGAGUGAUUGAUCCUAAAAAGGCAAUGGCAAUGAAAAAGGAUCCUGUGAAGAAAAUAUUUGUUGGUGGACUUCACCCAGAAGCAACAGAAGACAAGAUCAGGGAGUACUUUGGAGAGUUUGGAGAGAUUGAGGCAAUUGAACUUCCAAUGGAUCCAAAGACCAAUAAAAGAAGGGGCUUUGUGUUCAUCACGUUUAAGGAGGAAGAUCCAGUGAAGAAGAUUUUGGAGAAAAAAUUCCACAAUAUCAGUGGUAGCAAGUGUGAGAUAAAGGUGGCACAGCCAAAAGAAGUAUAUCAGCAGCAACAGUUUGGUUCUGGAGGUGGCCGAGGAAGAGGUGGAAGAAGAGCUCAAAGUCAAAAUUGGAAUCAAGGUUAUGGCAAUUACUCGAACCAGGGUUAUGGGAGUCAAGGAUACGGCUAUCAGCAAGGUUAUGGUGGCUAUGGAGGCUAUGAUUAUUCAGGAUAUGGGUAUUUUGGAUAUGGACCGGGCUAUGAUUACAGUCAAGGUUCAUAUGGGAAGGCUCCAAGACGUGGUCAUCAGAAUAACUACAAGCCAUAUUGAUCAAAGGUAUUCAGGUAUGCAGUGGCAUGCUGUUGUGCAUAAGCUUACUGCAUCAGUUUUGUACUCAAUGCUGUAGAUGGACAUUACAAUUAUGUACCAAAUUUAACUUUACAAUAAAUUUCUAUGGCCUGUUAUGUGUAUCUGAAGAGCUCCCUGGAAAUAUCUUUGUUUAAUAUUUGCAGAUAAUAGUUGUCUAGACAGUGUGGUGUGUAAAUUUCAGCCUUGCUGAAGAUUAAUGAUUUUAUUGAUAGGUAAAUUGAAACUGAUCUUGAGGGUCUGCUUAAACCUGCAGCUCUGCAUCUGGGGACUGCCUCUUGGAGUAAACUGUGGUUGUUCCAGUUGUACAGAAUGAGAUGCAUCUUAGGGAACCAGUGUCACUUUCCACCUUUUUAUUUUGUAUUGGUUUUGUGUCAUACAUUUCCUGUAACGGAAGUGUUAAUUUUACUGUACUUUUUGGUACCUUUUUGGAAUCUAAUGUAUUGUAAGGUAUUUUACAUGUGUUCUGAUUCACCAUGACAUGGAUAUUGAUGCUAUCCUAGCUUUUGAAUAAAAAAGCAUAAUCCAG